AUGAAGGUGAAAAAAUCAACCAGGAAGCACGCUCAGGCUCCUCCUGAUGUCCUGGCCCUGGCAGAGUCCAUCGUCAACGCUCCGGAGGAUGGUCUCACCCAGGUCUUGCAAACAUUCGAUUGCUGGAAGUAUCCGCGGGGUGAUCUGCACACAUGGGUCGACGUCCUUGAUCGCUUCGACUCCAUCCUCGAAGAAUUGUGUAAAAGCUAUGAACUGGAAAAGCCACAGACAAACGACUUCACACCAAAGACUAAAGAUCUCAUUCUACAAAUCCUCAGAGUGCAACGGUUAUUGAUGGAAAAUUGCACUAGCAGAAAACUUUUUUCCUCUUACGACCGCCUCGCCGAUCUUCUCAAUACCUCCGACCUCGAAGUCUUACAAUCGACCAUCUUCGUAAUCCUUCGACCUGCUCAACAAUAUGCUAACUCAACGCCCUUUGAACCCUCACAACGUCAUGUCAUUCUUCAUCGACUGUUAACCCUUUCAAGAGGCUGGGAAAGGUUUACCAAUGCUGGUAUUGAUCUUCCUUCCCUGGCAUCAUCCCAAGAUCUGUCUCUGCCUGAAGAGCUAUGCACGGUCCAGCUGCAAUACUAUCCUACCAGAGGGUCCUCCGUCUCCCCGGAAUCCCCCGUCAAAUCUAUGGCCUCUCAAGAAACCCCAGUACGCCCUCGACAGACUGGUCCCAUGACUCCAGUCGCGGCAAGUGCCAAAUCUCGAUCAUCACACUCCGUCGGACCCUCGAGCUUGGAUUUUGGCGAUGUUUCUAGCUGGCCUAAUCCAGUAGACCAACUUACUCUGUUAUCCGAAGAAAAUCAUGUUCCUCUCGAUGAUCAGUACAUCGCUCUCAACAAGAUUCGUCUUGCCCAGCUCAAGGAUCUCGACACACGACGACAACUGCUUACGAUCCGAUUGUUAGCCCUCGCGACCUAUGUCUAUGUAUCUACCGAUGAUGCAGCGCAAUCUGGCUUGUUUCUUUACGAACCAGAGCUCGUCCCGCAGCUCGCCGAGCUUUUGCGAGCUUCUCAACAGGUGGGAGAGCGAGUCACCAUAGGAACGUUGCAUGCGUUGGACGCUUGUGCUCAUCAUCGUAUCAAAACGGGAGAAGUGAUGACCGCCGUUAGUGCCAAUGUCAACCAUGGGAUCUUAGUCACCUUUUUCAAGAAUAUGGUGGAGCAACUUGUCAAAGGAGAACCGGUACCAAACGACUUGUUCGAUGCCGCCAUCUCCUUCGUUGCUUACAUCCCCAGCUCACAAGUGCAUAUCAACAUGCUGAUGGGUGCUGGCAUUCUGCGUCUUUUGUUGGACAUACUCAACUCUUCAGGAGAAAGACGUGAAAGUUAUAUACCCCGUGUCACCGGUCUGAUCGACUCCAUCAUAUACUCAAGCUCUCAGGCGCUCUCCAACUUCAGCAACAUUGAUGGUGUCAACUUCUUGGUCCAUCGUAUCAAAGCCGAAAUCGAAUCGAGAGACCAAAUCAUACUGCCGUCUCCCUCCAGUUCACUGUCCGAAGAUACCAUCCUUGCGUAUGUCAACAACCCCCUCAAAGGGAUUUUGCGCUCUGUGCAUCGUCUCAUGCAAGCUUCCGGUGGUACUGAGGGACUUCGAAACUUGGUCGAUUCGGAUUUACCUAAAUGUCUGAAGCAGAUAUUUGAGCAACCAGCCAAAUAUGCCAUCAACAUUAUGGCAACAUUUGUCCACAAUGAGCCGACCUCAUUAUCCAUUCUUCAGGAACUACAACUUCCUCAGACGCUUUAUGCUGAAUUGGAAAAGGGAAUCCCGCCGUCUUCAGAGGUCUUCAAUGCGGUACCGACUGCUAUAGGUGCCGUCUGUCUCAAUCAGUCAGGCCUCGAUUAUACUGUAGCGCAUCCUGGUGUGAUCAGCAAUCUGGUUGGUGGUGUCAACCUCCCAUCGCAUGAAAAAAUCUUUAACGAUCGAGACAAUGCCAAGAGCCUCGGCGCUGCGCUCGACGAGUUAUCUCGUCAUCAACCAUCGCUUCGACCUGUAAUCAUGAAAGCUAUCAUCGAUCUCCUUCGCAGAGCGACGGACGCUGCGGCUUCAUUUGCACCAACUGAAGCCGACAGACACGAUUAUAUUCUUGACGAGAUGACUCCGGUGGGGACUGAUCGAGCAGCUAUCAUGAACAAUCCCUGCCUUUCCACCUUCGCUCGGAUGUUCAAAGUCCUCAACGGUUUGGUCCGCAACGCCGCUACGGCCAAGGAUUUCAUCAAAGAAGGUGGUCUUGACUAUGUUCUUGGCGUUGCCGAUCUACCAUGUGUACCGAUCCGCUUUCACUCGACAGACGCAUCCGUGUCUCUUGCUUAUCUGCUUAGACACAUUGGCGAGCAUGAUCCAACUCAGCUGGUGGAGAAAAUCCGGUUGUCAAUUCAAGACACCAUGACCAAGUGCGCCAGCGUAUGGGAGGAUCAGAAUGCCAAGCAACUCUGGUCCACUUUGCACAGCGGCAACGUCGAUGCAAGCUCGCGACAAGCUUUCGAAACCUUGCGCAGCCUCGGUAUCCGUCUCAGCUUUCUCCUUGAAGUGAUCGGUCCCUUGGUCAUCAGCAAUCCGCGAUACGCCACGUCCCUCAUCACAGCAUUAGCGGUGGACACCGAUCCCAGUUUCAUGACCAACCUUGGUCAUGUCCACAGAGUAGCCUUUGAUCAAAAUGUCCUCCUCCGAAGGGAUAAAAUAACAAACUCCGAUGAUUUGGAUCCUUCAAGACCUCCAGGAUCUUCUGAUGAAUCUGCCAAAGAUACCGGAGCUCAGUACCUCGCCUAUAGACUCCAUAAUGUGCUCACAAGGCUUUUUCGGGCUUUCAUCAAACUCAUUCACGUGAAGCGCAAUCCCGACGCCAAUCAUUUGAAGUUAGCGAACACUCUAUCGGAUAUCGUCUCCGACGUCAUGAUUGAGCAUCUUCACAGAAAAGAUGACUCCAUCACCAUCGAUAUCGCCUCCCUUGAUGUGCUUUCGUCCCUGCUUUUCGAUCAUAAUCGAGGCACCGAUGGGCCUCUACACACCACUCUCUUCCUUGCAUUUUAUAAGAAGCAGGGUAUCGACGGAAUUCUGUCAUCAGCAAGUCGAAUUACCGAACAGAUGGACCGAGUAUCGCGUGUCCCCGUCGACACCCGUGAUCAGCAUCAGAAAGACUCGAUUAUCGAAGCGACAGCUGGAAUGAAAACCGUACUUGCACUCCUUGGCGCUUUUGCGUCCACCAAAUCUCUACUCGAUAAUUCCGAAACCCAUGCCUUGCAGCAGCGGCCACAGAACCCACUCAAGGCCGUCAACAUCUUUGUUACUCUCCGUCUGACGAUAUUCCCUCUGGCUCAUCGUAUUUGGAACGCUUCAUGGCUACUCGAUUGUCCAGUCCCAAUAAUCAAACUCGCCGUCAAAUGCUUUUCUGCGCUUAUGGAAGGCAAGUCCGAAGAGCAACCGCCCGAGGAUGAUUCGCUUCCCGCUUCACGAUCCUCUAUCGCUCCCCCGCCUGCUCGUCCGGCACCUGUCACUGCUGAUCCGCACCGAGUUGAUCAACUGGUAGACAUGGGCUUUCCUAGGAGAGCUGCAGAGAGAGCCCUCCUUCGAGCUCGAAACAACGUAGCUGCUGCCACCGAUAUGAUUCUCACCAUGCCUCAUGUCUUCGAAGAAGAGCCAGUAGCGGAAGGAACGCCAGCAGCGCCUGCUGAGCUUCCGGAUGACAAUGCAGGUGCACCUGCGGUACCAUCCGAAUCUGCCGACGAGAUCACGCCCGUCCAACCCGAAUCUAUGCAAGUAGACUCAGAUACCUUCGCUGCUGACCGAACGGCUUUACAAAAACUCCGAGACGAGUAUCGACCCGAUAUAAAGAUUCGUGCUCUGACUCUUCUGGAUCAUGCGGAAGACUUAGUGUUUGAUGUGUUACCAUGCUUCCCUCCUGGCGAUGAAGGCGUGAUCUACCUCAUCGAUCGUCUGGCGGAAAUAUCGAAAUCAUACGUUGUCAAAUACGAGAAUGCUAUAUCUGCUCGAUUACGGCUGAUUGCAGUCUAUUUGCGUUCGGUAGAGGGCGUAAUACUGGAUGAACAAAGCGUGGCCACUGCAACUCGAAUUCUCUCGGAAUUGCCGCUGGAAUAUCAAGAAGCGAGACCUAAAUGGCUACCUGCCCUGCUUCUGUUCGCCGAAACAAUCGCGGCUUCCUCCAACACUAUCAAUAAAGCUAAAUUGGGCGAUGAACCCGGGUACGACGUCUCCAUUCCUUCAACAGCGUUUGCUUCGAUUGCUCCAAAACUUUACAGCGCCUGUUUCAGACUCAUUGCAGCAGACGACGUUACUCGUAACGAAUUGGUGUCUGCUCUUCGAUUGUUAGCUCUGAUAUCAAGAGAAAAAACGUUCUCAAUCAUCAAGGAGACUGAUCUUAUCAAUUUGCUCAAACCAUUCAAGCGACCUACAGAGAAACUUCAAGGUUGUCAUCCAUUGCUCCUGCUCAUCUUCCGACAUGUACUCGAGGAUCCCGGCACGAUCAGCGAUUUGAUGCGAAAAGAGAUCCGACACUGGCUUACGCCAACUCGAAACAAGGUGGUUGAUAUCCACCAUUUCCUGAAACAACUUCGUCAAGUAGCUUUUCGGGAACCCAAUGCCUUUGUCCGAGUGGUAGCAGACGAAUGUGCUUUAGUCGAUCCUACACCUCCUCAGUCGGUCUAUCAUAUCCGUGCCAUAGAUCAACCACAAGAACCAUCACCCGUCGCUCGAUCGUCCGAUCCCUUUCAAGAUGAUCCUGAAGAGAAGCGCAAUCCUUUCAUAGACCAUUUGGUCUUGGAGCUCGGUCAAGCCGUUCGGCUUUCGCUCGAAGCGGACGACACGAACAACUUAACGGAAGAGGAGAUUAAACACGCUCAUGCCUAUGCUGGUCUGCUUAUGUCGAUUUUGACCGAGCUUCUCGGUUCUUACACAACCGUAAAAAAGUCGUUCAUUGCCUCCAUAAGAGCACAAAGCUUGGGCGCGAACAAGGUCAAAAGUGGUAUAACUAGUCUUAUUGCUGAUCUAGUUUGCUGUGUGGUGCUUCAACCGGACGUUACGGGUCUACCGCAAUUCGAACGUGAUUCAAAACCUGCUCGUCGACUGGCACUAUCGUCGUGGUCGAUCUCCAUGGUCCUGGCACUCUGUUCAGAGGCAACUCCUGCUACGAGCGUCAAGGAUGUCACUGAAGACAUGGUCAAUAUCCGGCGAGCAGUACUGGACGCUAUCGCCAAGGUCCUUCGAGACCCUAUGCCCAACAAUGAUCUUCCGACUCGAUAUGGACGUUUAUGGGCUCUCGGUGAAUUGGUUUACCGCUUACUAGUGUCUCGCCCAAUCGGUCCCAUCCGUCAAAUGAAUGACGCCACACUGCACAUAGCCAAAACCAUGCUGGAAAAGAAUUUUGUUGGGCUGUUGACUAAUGCCUUGGGAGAGAUCGAUCUGAGUUACCCGGACAUACGUAACGUCCUGAUAUCGUUGCUUCGAACCCUCGAUCAUCUAUCCAAGACGUCGGUUAAGUGGGGCAAAGUUAACAAAGAAACCAAAAAUACUCCUGGCGAUCCCGCAGCGAACGAUGAUUCCCAAACCUCCGAAUCCGACGACGAAUCCGGUGAUUCCGAUGUAGAUAUGAUGGAAGAAGAUCAGUCGGCACCUGAUCUUUACCGCAACUCGGCCUUAGGAAUGAUCGGUGGGGAGAUCGGUGAGGACGAUGAGGAUGACGAAGAAGACGAAGAUGACGAAGAUGACAUGGAUAUGGGCGACGACAUCACAGAUGACGAUGGAGAUACGGAUCUACAAACAUCGGAAGACGAAAGUAUGCCAUCCGAGAUGGAUGCGGAUAAUUGGACUGACGAGCACGACGAGGAAAAUGAUGACCAAGACUCCGAAGAAGACGAAGAGAUGGAGCCAGAGGUGAUCCUUGGCUCCAACGAGGAGGACGAAGGAGAAAUGUGGGAUGACGUACCCGAUGAUGGUGAAUCGGUAAUGACAGAAGAGAACGAGAUCAUGGAUGAGGAAGAUGCUAUGGAUGGCGAAGUGGAAGGCUUCUUCGAAGAUGAUGACGAGCAACCUGAUUUAGAGAUGGAUGAGGAAGACUUUGAUGAAAUCGAUAUGCUCGAAUCCUUCCCAUCGGCUGCUCAUGUUGGCAGCAUGCACCGACAAUCCCCUGAAAUUACCGGGCCUUGGGCUUGGGAUCAAUCAAACUUUCCUGGUAUGUCCCAAUCAAGGCGUCGUCGUUCCAUACUUGCCGAAGAUCCCACCGUCAGCCUUUUCGGACGACCUUCUCCUCCUUCUGGUGGUCAAGUCGCUCAACACCCAUUAACCGCACACCCAGCACCAUCGCAAUGGCCUCCAAUGCGUGGGUUGUCACGGUCCUUCGGUAGCAAUUACCAAGAAUUGUUGUCAGCAAUUGAAGUCAUGGGCGGCGUCGAAGCUGUGCAAAUGAUCGAAAACCUCAUUACUAGUCGUCAAUUAGCUGGAAGUGAAGCCAUCCGCAUCGACUUCGCUCAAGACCAUAAUGGUACUGUUGGUCUCUCUGUCGGAGGUCAAACUUUCGCCCUGCGCCCUCCUCAAGGUCGACAGACACACCAACAGCAACUCGCUAAUUCAGACGUCUUAGCCGAAUUCUUCCCAGUGCCGACAAUGCAACGUUGGCAGGAAAGCAUGCAAUUGGCCAUUCUGGCUCGCAAUGAGCUCACAAGUCGAUUGGUCAUCCAUGUGGUUAAUCGUCUCAUGCCGGAAGCUCGACGUCGCGCCGAAGAGGAAGAGGCUAAAAACAAGAAAGCUGAAGAGGAAGCCGCUAAAGCUGAAGCAGAAGAGAAGAAGAAGAACCUGGAGUCUGCUGCAAGCGUGGCUCUUCCAGAGUCUCGCCAGCCGUCUCCAGUAGAAGAUGCAGAUGUAGCAAUGGAAGAAGAAGAAGUUCCCGAGGAUGUCGUACCAAUGGACUCUGCUUCUGAAUCACUUGCUCGAACAGUCAUCUCCAUUCGUGGUCGUGACGUCGAUAUCACAGAUACCGGCAUUGAUCUUGAAUUCCUACAAGCUCUGCCUGACGAUAUGCGAGCGGAUGUCGUUGAGCAGCACAUGCGAGAACAGAACCGACAUCGUCGUCCCCCUUCGUCCACCAAUGUAUCUGAGACAGCUUCUCAGAUCAAUUCCGAAUUCCUCGACGCUCUUCCACCUGAAAUUCGAGCAGAGGUCAUUAUGCAAGAGGCUAUGGAAAAUGCGCGACGACAACAACCUCCACCUGCUCCCUCGCAAUUACCACUUGCUGAUCGUGCAGCAGGCUUCCUUCGUGGUCUCACAGACGAGCUGCGCGACGUUAUGCUCCUCAAUCAGCAACCUCCUGGUUCCCUGCCUAGGAUCGGCGGACCUUCGGUACAUCAGCCAGCUCAGGACCAAGCUCCAAGCAAGAAGUCAAACCGAGAAGCAAUCCAACUCUUGGACAAGCCUGGCAUCGCAUCACUCGUCCGCCUUCUUUUCUUCCCUGAAACACUGAAGAAAGGUCAUUUGUUCCGGGUACUUGUCCAUUUAUGUGAAAACUCUACAACUCGUUCAGAUCUGCUCAAUCUGCUGCUUUCCGUCGUACAAGAUGGCUCCGGAGAUCUGCCUGCCGUCGAUCGAAGCUUUCAACAAAUGUCGCUGCGAGGUAUGAUCACGCCAAAAGCCACUCCCAAAGGUCGGUCAAUCGACUCUCCUGCUGCUGCGGUGGUUCCGACCGGUCUUUUCAGUCACCUCCACACCGAGCAUGUACCGACAUUCAUCGCGCAACGCUGUUUUGAAGCGUUGGUGCACAUAGUCAAUGCCAAUCCUUCUGCCGUCAACUAUUUCCUCAGUGAACAUGAGCAACCUGUGGGUCUCAAGAAACAUCCACUCAAGAAGAAUAAAGGUAAAGAAAAGAUGCUACCCCAGACCAAAUUUCCUAUAGUUGUCCUCAUGGGACUUCUUGACCGACCUCUCCUCGCAAAAACCCCUGGUAUGAUGGAGACCGUCACGUCGCUUUUGGUCACCAUAACCAGACCCUUGUCGGAAAAGAAGAAAGAUGAUAAGCAAGCCGAUACCGAAGGCAACUCUGCCAAACCUCCUCAGCCCAUCAUACCUGCUCCGGUCCUCAAACUGAUCGUCAACUGCCUGACAUCAGGGGAGUGCACCAGUAGGACUUUCAGUGCUACUCUUGUAGCAAUGCAAAACCUUGCUUGUUUACCUGACGCGAAGGACAUCAUUCUACAAGAACUGCGCACUCGGUGCAAAGAAUUGGGUGGGGUUGUAUAUCAACAGUUAUCCGACCUGUCUAUCGCUCUUCAGGAUCCAUCAGCCGAGAUCGGCUCGCUUACGUUGACCAACUUCUCCCCGCCGACUUCCAAUCAGGCUCAACUACUGCGGCUCUUGAAGACUAUAGACUAUCUUCACCUGAACAAAGUCGAUUCAGACCCUCCGGCUCAACAAUUGACAGAUGAGGAGCGAGCCGUCAGUGCUGUUUUCGAAUCUUUCGAGUUCGAGAGUUUGUGGGAUCAACUAGGACAAUGCUUGAGCAUCGUGGAGACAAAAGGAGGUACCGAUCAGAUCGCUACAGUCCUACUACCUUUGGUCGAAGCUCUGAUGGUCGUGUCCAAAUAUCGAAGUCGAUUGUCUCGCGAAGUUCGUUCACCAUCCGUUCAAGGUCCCGGCGCCGUUGAACGUGCCGAUCUUUUUGUCUCAUUCACCACCACACACCGCAAAGUUCUGAAUACAAUCGUUCGGAACAACCCAUCUCUACUUAGUGGUUCCUUCUCACUCUUGAUCCGAAAUCCUCGAGUUCUGGAAUUCGACAACAAGCGUAACUGGUUCUUCCAAAAAUUGAAGCGAAAACGAGAUCCUCAUAUGCCAGUAUCCGUCAUUCCUCUCAACAUUCGUCGACAAUACGUGUUCGAGGACUCUUUCCACGCAAUGCAGCGACGUACUGGUGACGAAAUCAAAUUUGGCAAACUCAGUGUCAAAUUCUAUAACGAGGAUGGCGUGGAUGCUGGUGGUGUAACGCGAGAAUGGUACAGCGUUCUGGCUCAGCAAAUAUUUGACCCCAACUUCGCACUCUUCGAGCCGUGCGCGGCUGACCAACAAACAUAUCAACCUAAUAAGGCUUCGUCUAUCAACGGCGACCACCUUGCGUACUUCAAAUUCGUGGGACGAGUCAUAGGUAAAGCGGUUUAUGAUGGUCGAUUGCUUGACGCAUACUUCAACAGAGCUUUCUACAAGCAGAUCCUUGGUAAGACCGUCGAUAUGAGAGAUUUGGAAAGCAUUGAUCCAGAAUACCAUAAAUCCUUGCAAUGGAUGCUGGACAACGACAUUACGGGGGUAAUAGACCAAGAGUUUACCAUCGAAGACGACCAGUUUGGAGAAAAGAAGAUUGUCGAAUUGAAGCCCGGUGGUUCGUCCAUACCUGUCACUGAAGAGAACAAAGAGGAAUACGUGCGACUAGUAGUCUCAUAUCGUUUGGAUAACUCCAUCAAGGAGCAAAUCAAAGCAUUCCUCGAAGGAUUCUAUGACAUCAUCCCUCGACAGCUUAUCCAAAUAUUCGAACCUGAUCAAUUAGAGCUUCUCAUUUCCGGCAUAACUACUGUGGACGUGGAUGAACUCAAGAACGCCACCCAACUAAGUGGUUGGAAAGCUACGGAUCCGGAAAUCUCCUGGUUCUGGAGAGCUCUGCGAAGCUUUUCUCAAGAAGAAAGAUCUCGAUUCCUCAUGUUCGUAACCUCCAGUUCGCGAGUGCCGCUUGGUGGUUUCACUCAGCUGCAGGGCAGCUCAGGAACUCAACCUUUCCAAAUUCAGAAGCUUUACGCUAAAGAGGGUAGCUUGCCUCAAGCAAGUACCUGCUUCAACCUACUACUGCUCCCUACUUAUGCCUCAUAUGAGCAGCUCCGUGACAAGCUGCAGUUUGCCAUUGUGGAAACUGGAGGCUUUGGAAAAGCGUAG